UACCCUUUUCGGUCUUUUUCCCUUCUCAUGUCUUAUGGCAGAAGUGUCGUAAACAACAUGUGGACUAACUAUGUCGUGUAAGAUUCGGUGGACUUGGGGUUUUUUGGGCCGACAUUGAUUCACCAUUUUCUUAGUCAUCUUCGCAUCGUUUAUGGUUAACUCCAUCACCGAACUGCCACCACCAACUAGAAUCAUCGCUGUCCAUUAACGUUGUGGAGGAUCUAACGCCAUUGUGAUCUCUGUCACCAACAUCUCCGGUUAUGGCAUACUCAGAUCCAGUGAGUGCAGAAAGGGAGCAGAUAGAAGUUAAUGCUUCUCCAAGAAAACCACGGAUUCUACUUGCUGCUAGUGGAAGCGUAGCAGCAAUAAAGUUUGCGAACAUUUGUCAUUGUUUUUCUGAUUGGGCAGAAGUAAGAGCAGUUGCAACGAAGGCUUCUUUACAUUUCAUUGACAAAGCAUCACUUCCUAAGGAUGUACUUCUUUACACGGAUGAGGAUGAAUGGUCCACUUGGUCGAAGAUAGGUGAUAGCGUCCUUCACAUUGAGCUCCGCAAGUGGGCUGAUAUUAUGGUUAUUGCCCCAUUGUCAGCAAACACACUUGGCAAGAUUGCUGGGGGAUUGUGCGACAACCUGCUGACCUGCAUUGUGCGAGCAUGGGACUACAGUAAGCCACUCUUUGUGGCGCCAGCCAUGAACACCUUCAUGUGGAAUAAUCCGUUUACAGAGCGACAUCUUAUGUUAGUUGAUGAACUAGGAAUUUCUCUGAUCCCACCCGUUACCAAGAGGCUAGCUUGCGGAGAUUAUGGAAAUGGAGCGAUGGCUGAACCUUCCCUCAUUUUCUCAACCGUAAGACUCUUCUUAGAAUCACGAUCUCAAUCUAGUGGCGGAAAUAUUCCUUGACGAGUGCCUAAAAUUUUCAUUUUUUGAAAUGAUAGUGGCAAUUGAGAUAAUUGGUAUAAAAUUCUAGAUGUGGUCUUUUCCUAAUCUGCACCAGAUGCAUUGUUAUUUCUUCUUCCUUCUGUUGUAGACUUUAAAUCCAGUGUACUAAAACGUGUGUGUGUGAAUAAAAUAUGUUAUCUCAAAUGUUGUUCGGCCUUUUGAGCUACGUUAUCGACUUUGGAUAAUGUUGUAAGCACCAUAUGUCCUUAUAAUUUUUGAGAUGACCUAUUAUUUAGCA